AUGGACGGCGCCAACUUUACUCCCCAACAGAAGGCCGAGCUUGUCAACCGAGUCCGCUCGGAAGUACAGCAACAGGCGCUCCAAGAGCUAACGCAGAAUCUGCAGGAAAAGUGUUUUGACAAGUGCAUUUCGCGUCCUAAUGGCAAAUUGGAUGGCAAACAGCAGAAUUGUCUUGCAUUGUGUAUUAACCGAUACAUUGACACGAUGAAGGUUGUGUCAGAAGCCAUGGUCCAGCGUGGUCCCCAGGUGCGUUCAAUGUUUGAGACUGUUUGA